AAGAGGCUCCCAAAAGUUUCCUGCUAGAUCUGCUCAUGCCAAAAGCUGAGUGAGCAGCUCACUAGUCUUUGGGAGGGCCCCAGCCUCCAAUCCCUAAUGCACCCAAGAGCAGGCUGUAUAGAGAAAAUUAGUCCCCAGCACAACAGGCUUCAAACUGAACUGGACGUAUCUGCUGACACCAUCCUCCUCCCCCUCCCACAAAGUAUCUGUUGUGUGAAUGCAUCUAAUUAAGCAAGAAGGCCAAGGGGGUGCAUGUCACAAGAUUUUGUUUGACUGUUGUUCAAAAAGGGAAUGAUGGCAUGUGCAGGCUUGCCCUGAUGAAAGCACCUGACCACAGGGUCCAGUGAAGCAUAGCUGGGGAGCUACAAAGGAAUGAGUUGCUUUUGUGCAGAUGGGUAGUUACCAGAUAGCAGGAGGAGGAAUGCAGUAACGCCAGUGUCAUAGCCCACAGGCAAAACCCACAAACACUGUUUCUGUGAUAACUAGCACCAACAGCUCUGCUGGCAAACAACCCCACUUAGCUCUGUGAGGAAUACAGCACUCAGCUCCUGCAGACGCAACCUGAAAAAGUAUGAUGAGGAGAGAAGUUGCUGCUGUGUCUGCAUUUUGAAUGGGUUGGUGGAGCAAGCAGCACAGCCUCAGCUCCCUCAAAGCAUGAAACCCCUGGUUCAUCUGCAGAUGACUGCACAGGAGAUGUACUGAGCAUACAACGACGAGUCCUGGGACUGUGCUGUUCACAACGAAGUUGUUCAGCUUGCAGACCAACAUGGAGAGGCUUGUGUCUGACACUUAUCUGGUGAGACUCCUAGAAGGGAUCAGCAGCCUUCAUGCCCAGAAAGCACUGUGUGAUGUAACACUGGAGGCAGAAGGGGUUUGCUUUCCAGCACACAAGAUCAUUUUAGCGUCAGCAAGUAAUUACUGCAAGAUCCUAUUUGUUGGAAACUUGACAAGAGUGGGAAGCUUGGAUCAUAACAUCCAUCUGAAAGCCAUCAGUGCUGCAGGGCUGAGGAAUGUUCUCAACUUCAUUUACUCCAACAAAUUAGAUCUUUCGUUACAGAAUAUUGAGGAGACGUUCAAAGCAGCAGAAACCCUUCUUGUUCGUGAAGUCAUCAAGCUAUGCUUCAAAUUUCUGGAGGGCUGUUUGAACUGUGAGAACUGCAUGGAUGUUCUUAACAUUGCUAAAAAACUUGGUCUGGCAGAGUUGAGACAGAAAGCCACGUGCUAUGUGGGGCAAAAUUACAAACAGAUACUGGCUGAUCCUCAGUGCUUGAAAGAUCUUGACAGAGGAACCCUUUGUGAAAUCUUAGACAGGACCAACACAGAGGGGUGCAGUGAGCUGGAACUGUUCAGAGCUGCUGUGAACUGGCUGCAGCAUGACCGCACACGGCUGGAAGAUGCAGCAGACAUUUUAAGGCGCAUAAGAUUCCCUCUCAUUCCUUUACAGGAUCUGCAGGAAUUUGUUCAGGAAAUACCUUUUAUGAAGCUAGAUUCAGGCUGCCACAGACACCUUCAGGAGGCUCUGACUUACCAAUCCCUGCUAUAUGCUCAGCCACUCCUGCAGACCCAAUGCACAAGCCUCCGCUCCAGUUCCACCACGCUGCUUAUUGCUGGUGGCAGAACCAUUGACAACUGCAUUUGCAGAGAGAUGUGGGCUGCCGACAAGAGCUGCAGCACAUGGUACAAGGUUGGGGACCUCCGUGUGCCGUUGUACAAUCACUGUGUAGCCAUCAUCAGUGACUUCCUCUUUGUCAUUGGGGGACAGUGCAAAUUUGAUCCCAUGGGAAAGCAACCAUCAAAUGAGGUUUUCCGAUUCGAUCCACGCAACACUUCCUGGCUCCAGGUUGCCAGCAUGCUGGAGCAGCGGACACGCUUCCAUGCGGAUGUACUGUCUGAUCAUAUCUUUUCUGUGGGUGGUGGGACACUGCUGGGGACCCUCACCCGCACUGUGGAAUCAUACCAGCCCGCUGACAACAAGUGGGAGUUUGCAGCUCCUUUCCCUGUGCCUAUUGCUGAUCAUGCAGGCACAGUACACAAGGGAGUCCUCUAUAUUUCAGGGGGCUUCUCAGCAGGUAAAACCUUACGAGACACUUACAGCUACCUCCCCCACCUCCAACGUUGGACUAGCAACUCUGCCAUGACCUUUACCCGCUGUGAUCAUGGGAUGGCUACAGUAAAAGACAGAAUCUUUUGCAUUGGAGGAAGGACACUAAAAGGAGUGGAGGAAUGGAUUCACAUUGAUGCAACAGAGUACUAUUGUCCUGUAAAUGAUCAGUGGACAACGCUGACACUAUCCCCAUUCAGCGGCUGCCAAUUCAGUAUCACAGCCUGUGAGUCUAUGCUCUACCUCACAGGAGGUGGGUCACUACACGACAUGCAAAAAGAAGACAGUGUUUUCAUGUAUGACAUAGAGGGGCAGGUAUGGAAGAAAGCCGGUUCCCUGCCUAAAGCUCUGGUUGAUCAUGCCUCUUGCAUGAUUAAGUUGUCCCAAGUGAAUGCAACUGGUGAGCCAGGGAGAGGCACAAAGUGCUCCCUCACCAGCAGGAGGGAGAAAUGUACUCCCAGCUUGUUCAUCACAAAGAAAAAAAAGUCCCACUCUUCCUCUGAAGAGAAGUAGGAUGUGAAUAGGUCGAGCUGAUCUGACAGUGUUUGCCAAGAGGUUAGUGCUUUAGCAACACUUCUAGUUCUCUAGCCAAACAUUUUCAGCUGUGAUUUAGAAUUGACACUUUAUAUUGCUGGCUGACAAUUUAUGUACUCACAGAGAUAAGCAUAUACCAUGCAUUCACAAUUGUCUUGACACUCAGUUAAGAUUGUAGGGCAUUAUGAUGGCAACCUUGUCCUCAACUAGCAGACCAGAGAACUUCCUUCAGUGAACAUGCACUGAAUCUGUGACUGCUUGAGCCAGAGUAUGGGUAAACAUUUAGAAAAGAACCAAGUACCUUAGAAGUCACAUUUCAUCGAAAGUCAACAGCAUGCAAUAUUUUUGCAGCAAGGGCCACAAUGGCUGAAAAAUUUUACAAGGAUAAGUUUGAAAAGGUGAGAGAAUGAACCUGCCAUCAUGCAUUCCAAUGGAUGAAACCAAUACAGCACAAACCAUCCCACUGGAAAAUCAGAGUUGUACCAGCUCCCACAAUACAUAAACCACAUAAUGAUAAGACAGCUCUACUUACAGGUUGUACUGGGGGUAAAACCACCACACAGGUGCUUCUAGAAAAUAGGAUUUUAAAUGAAAGACCAAUCUGAUAAGAUUAACUCACCAACAAGAGCUGCCAGGCCUUGAAUUGGGUCUGUCUGGGCAAGAAUUUGUUCACAGCCAACCUGGAUGAGACACAUUACAGGCAAAUUGCAGGCAUGACAGGUAACAGUCUAUGCCACAGAAGGGAUAAACAGGAAGAUUUGUCUAAAGUAUCACUUGCAUAUUUGAUUGCAACAUCUUUUUGGUGUUUUUUCCUCUCUCUAGCAACAAAAUACAUACAAACA